ACCCUACAAAAAGUCCAAUUUAUUAUCUAAAGUUACAGGUUGAUUUCAUCGCAGUUCAGUGCUCGACCGUAAAGCCAUGAUGCCAAGUACCCAAGAAGCUAUAUUUGCCGUGCUGUUCUCUGCUGUUCUCGUCUUCAACAUAGCAGGAAAUUCCCUCGUCAUUUACAUCAUCAGGAAUGAACCAGGAAUGAAAACACCCACGAACUAUCUGCUGUUAAACUUGGCUGUAGCAGAUCUUUUAUUUGGUGUUUUUCUUGCUCCUGACUAUAUAUUGCUGCCUUUCUUUCGUCAUUUCUUGCCAGAUGGAGUUCUUGGCGAGUGGCUGCGCAAACUACUGUUAGCAAGUAACAUCGCUUGGUUGGCAUGCAGAGCUUCUACUUUCACCAUGAUUUGUUUAACAGUUGAACGAUACUUUGCUGUUUGUCGUCCUCAUACCUUCCGUCAGCGUUUCUCGCCCAAGAUUGUCAAAGUACUUGUUGUGGUGUCCUGGAUAUAUGCUUUGCUUAUCGCAUCRCCCUUAUUUGUUUAUACCAAACUGAGCUCCAGAGAAUAUCUUUUCUGUCUUUUCGACAUUACAGCUCUUUAUUCAAUGUUUUUGUGGUUUGAAAUAACCUGUUCCUUGGCUCUGAUGAUAUUCUUCCCUGUGAAAAUAUACGUGUCCCUCUGGUGCAAGCAGACAGUCGAACCUACAGGAGAACGAGAAAUCUUCGAGAGAAAGAAGAAAAAGAAAGUAACAUUGUGUGUUCUUGCUGUGGUCGUCACGUUUGUCGUCUGCUGGAUUCCAGCAACCGCUUCCUAUAUCAUAUCGAACACGCGUAUCGAAGCCUUUGAAAUUGCAACAACAUUGGUUGCGUCUUUUAACGCUGCUCUGGACCCGUAUCUAUUCAGCUUUCAAAGUUCAAGAUUUAAGGUUUUGGUCAAAAAGGUACUUUGYUGUAGAAAAGGGUCAUCGUAAUGAGACUAACACAGCGAAAAAUUUAUUUAGAUCAAGGAGGGGAAAACAAACUCGAAAAACAAAUGAACGAAAAAAUAAACAAACGAGGCAACCGGAGAAAAAUAUGGUAAAACUACUUGUGUAUAUAUAUGUUCUGAUCCCUGAAGGAGUUGUCUAAUGUACUUGUUUCAAUAUAUGAAUUUGUAGGUCCUGAACUGUUGAAAUAAACAAGAGAAACUUACAAAGAAGUUCUGAUCCCUGAAGGAGUUGUCUAAUGUACUUGUUUCAAUAUAUGAAUUUGUAGGUCCUGAACUUGCUUGAGCUAGUCUAAAUAUAGGGUUAUGUUCUCCCGAAGA